AUGGACAUGAACCCCAGUCUCGUUGAUGACGUAUCCGGUAGCUCUUCGUCUGAUGAAUCGGAUGUCCUAUCUGAUGCAACCUCAGAUGAUCUCGAUGCUAGUAUAACUCCUAUGAAUAGAUAUGAACAACCAAAACAACCGACUAGAGAGUACAAAAGAAAGGUUUCACCACCUACAACACGAAAACCCCGUGCAUCUCCUCAAGCAUCAGGUUCAAGGGCUGCCGGAAAACGCAAACCAGAAGAAGGUAUUGGUGCUGAUGAAGUGCCAACACAAAAACGUAGGCGUAAAGCUCCGGGUGUGAAAAAGAAACGGGACGAUCGUACUGAUGCUAAGAGGAUUGAGCCUUUACCAAUGAACCCCGAUGGAACCUUAAAAUUACCUGUUACUAUUGGUAAAGGUACCAAUGAGGUGACGAUUUAUCGUAUAGGGCAUAUAGUUUGGGAUAAAGAAGCUUAUCAUACCAAUCGAUACAUAUUUCCGGUUGGUUUCAUGAGCAAAAAACAAUAUUUGAGUGCUGUCGAUGUUACAAGAAGGACAACAUAUACCAGUGAAAUAUUAGACGGCGGUGAUACACCAAUCUUUCAAGUUACCGCUGAAGACCAACCCGGUCGUAAAUUUUCUGCUAGUUCAUCUAGUGGUGUUUGGAAAAAGAUUCUCGAUGAAAUUAAUAUACAAGGUGUCCCUUCAAAAACACAUGCAAGCGGUCCCGAAAUGCUUGGUCUAAGUCAUCUAGGAAUUACAAAAUAUAUUCAGGAAUUACCCGGAGCUGAAAAAUGCACAAAAUAUGUGAUGCAACGUUGGAUUGAUGAUGAUCAACCACCGCCGCCUGUAAAUAUGCCGGUAAUUAAGCGUGAACCUAUGGAUGAAGAAGAAGAGGAUGAUGAUGACAGAUCGGCAAUUACAAACGGGCAUGAACAAUACGAGCACCAAAUAAAAACUGAAACUAGCACUCCCUAA